GGUGGUAGUAUGCGGUAGUAUGUACCGGUAAGUACCCUUAGUUACUUGCUGGAAUGGUUUUUGCAGUUCCGUUAAUAGUAUCUGUAUCCGAAUGAGUUACAAUUUUAAACGCGUAUUUAAUUCGUCUUUUUUAAUGAUGCACGAUAAGACAAGCAUUAGACGCACAAAUUGCAAACUGUGAUGUCUUUUUUUAUAAGACCGUUUGCCUUAAGGCUGACAUUGUACUUGCCAGUUUCCGAAGCCUCGAAACUAUCGAACUGUGAUACAAAUGGAGCAUAUACGUAUGGCCCCACCGGAUACUGAUGACCUAUAUUCAGGUUACAAUGAAUAUCCCUCAGCAUUAAGCACCAAAGAUUUGGAAGAAGAUGAAAUAUUCCAACAAGCUCUUCGGAGUAGCUACGGUAGGAGACCAGUGCUGACAUCAAAACCAGGAACUUCCAUGCGGUUAGGCACGUCAACAGGAUACCAUGAAGGAGGAGUUGCAAGGCCAAUGACAGCAGUGAGGGGUGCAGGGUACACUUCAUCUGCAGGUCAGCGUCAGUUUGAUCCUCUAAAUCAGGCAGCAAAAGUUCCUGCAUCUCCGCAGCUGGAAACAAAACGAGAAGAUUUACCUGAAGAGAAGAUCCGAAAAUUAGAGCGCAGAAUUACAGAGCUGAUUGAAGAAUCUUGCCUGGCCAGUAGUCGAGGAGAACAGCGGUCGGCGCUGGAUACAGCUAAGGAAGCUUCCAGCAAGGAACGAAGUCUCAUCCGCAUGCAGGAACAAGCAGGUCUCGGUGAAACACACAAUCUGGAUCUCACAUUUUCGGUACUCUUCAAUUUGGCAAACCAGUAUGCCAACAAUGAAAUGUACUCUGAAGCUCUUAAUACUUAUCAAGUCAUCACAAGGAACAAGAUGUUUAACAAUGCAGACAGACUCAAAAUUAAUAUGGGCAACAUUUACCUGAAACUGGGGCAGUUCAGCCGUGCACUUAAAAUGUACAACAUGGCUCUGGAUCAUGUUCCAACAACACACAAAGAUCUCAGGUUGAAGAUCAAACACAACAUAGGCAUUGCAUUUGUGAAGAUGGGACAGUUCAGUGAUGCUUGUUCCAAAUUUGAGGACAUCAUGCAAGAAAAGCCAGACUACGCAUCAGGUCUUCACAUGAUCUUAUGCUACUAUGCACUGGGUGAGAAGGAUAAAAUGAAGCGUGGAUUUCAGAUGCUACUGGAGUGCCCUCUUAACAUUGAUGAUGACGAAAAAUACAAUGCUGUGUCAGAUGACCCUGCAGCUAACCUAAUUCUGGAGGUGAUAAAGACAGACUCUUUAUGGAAGCUGGAACGGGGAAUAAGGCAGGAGGCAGAACGGAGUAUCCUGACAGCAGCACAACUCAUCUCCCCUGUCAUAGAAGAUACUUUCAGUGCAGGAUAUAACUGGUGUGUGGAUGCAAUCAAGGUUUCUAGUCAUUCUUUGCUUGCCAAUGAUUUGGAAAUUAACAAGGCUGUGAUGUUUCUUAAACAAAAGGAAUUACCCGAAGCAAUUGAUACUCUUCGAGCAUUUGAGAAAAAAGAGACUAAAGUAGCCAGUGCGGCAGCUACUAACCUUGCCUUCAUCCAUUUCCUGCAAGGUGAUAUAGGUCAGGCAGAGAAAUAUGGGGAGAUGGCUCGACAGGCAGACAGCUACAAUGCAGCAGCAUUUGUGAACUUGGGAAACUGCAGCUUAGCCCGAAAUGAUGUUGAGAAAGCCAAAGAACUGUUUGCCUGUGCUCUGGAUAGUGAUGCUUCAUGUGUGGAGGCCCUUUACAACCUGGGUCUUGUGAACAAGCAGCUGGGACUGUAUGAGGAGGCUUUGGAAUGCUUUCUAAAGCUGCAGGCUAUUAUGCGCCACCAUCCACAGGUACUCUACCAGGUGGCACACCUCCAGGAGCUUCUUGGGGAUGUGGAUCAGGCAUCAGAAUGGUAUCUUCAGCUUCUUGGAAUUGUACCAACUGACCCGGGAGUUCUACAUAAGAUGGCAGAAAUGUAUGAUAAUGAUGGAGAUAAGCAGCAGUCAUAUCAGUAUUAUUUUGAUUCAUUCCGAUACUACCCUUCGAACUUAAUGGUAUUGGACUGGUUAGGAUCCUAUUUCAUUGAGCAUCAAGUGGCUGAAAAGGCAUUAGGCUACUUUGAACGGGCAGCUCUUAUGCAGCCUAAUGAAGUGAAGUGGCAGCUGAUGGCUGCUUCAUGUCAUCGGAGAAGUGGAAACUAUCAUCAGGCUCUACAAGCUUACAAAGACAUUCAUGUCCGUUUCCCUGAUAAUAUUGAAUGCUUGAAGUUUCUCAUUCGUCUCUGCAGUGAUCUAGGUAUCAAGGAAGCAGCAGAAUAUGCGCUUGAAUUGAAAAAAGCUGAGAAGGCGAAAGAGGUUCGCGAGAGAAUUGGUAGCAGCCGACCAGGAUCACUGCGAAGUGGAAGUGGUCGCUCAUCUCGUGGAGGGCUUAAUAGUCCUCUGAGUGAUUCACCCCAACUGUCAGCUGGUGCUCGUAAUAGUCCACCUGUGCCUUCUCAAGUGUCACGGCUGCACAAGAUGGCACUGCUUGAGACCAGCGAGACUUACAGCCCCACUAGUCAACACAGAGAUGUUGAUGCCAGCUACAGUGAUCCUCUGGGUCCUCUUGCAGAGCGGCCUCGUACGUCAGUGGGCCACAAACAUGCUGAGGAUGAGUUUGGUGAUGAGGAGCUAGGAGAAGAUCUGCUGCCUGAGUAGUUACGCUGUACCAUGCAGGAACCGCAAUGUCACUCGCCUGUGUGCUGUGUGACUCACUUGUACUGUGUGUGCGUUCAACCUUUUCAUUUGCAUUAAAUUUGUAAUUCCGUCCAGUUAAUGCCUCACAUGUAUAAGCAAGAGUUAUAUUAGCUUAUAUAUCACAGUUUUGUAGUCAUCAGAUUUCACCCUGCACAGUUUUGGUAUUGCAGUAGUGAAAAUAAACUAGGUGUUCUUUAUGUGGAAUUGGAAGGUGAUAACCAUGUGUAGGGGUCAUAUCUGUCUGUCUAUGACCUAAGAUCAUUUAAGACACUUAUCAAUUGUAAUUAAAUUUUGCAAGCGGCCUCUGUAGUCUAGAGGUAACAUUCCCACCUCAUGACUCGUAGUACGCGGGUU